AAAGGCUGUUUUAAGUUUUUGAGGGCGCGCCUUGGCCGCGAACGCUCCCAAGAUGACCACGACCAUGGCGGAAACCCUAAUUCCCAACUGCACUCGGGGAAUUCCAUCAAAUUUCUCGAGAUUGAGACCCAUUUCUGCUACAAGGCGACAACUUCCGUCUUUCAUUUGUUACAGUCUCGAAUUCUGCGACCUAAAGGGAAGAUUUGACUACCCGAUUGGAUCAUUUCGAGCCCGGAAAUGGGUGACGCGUGCGGCGGCGACGUCUUCUUCCAUGGUCGAGGACGCGAAAGAGGAUGACGAGCCCAUGAGCAUCGGUAACUUGCGUCGUUUCAUCGAUCUCAACGUUGGGAAGUGGAACGGAUCCUUCUACCAAUUCGAUGGUGAUGGAAACCUACUGCAAACUGUGAGUACGAAGCUCUCAGCGAGUUCCUAUGGGGAGGAUGAACUGAUCAGUCUCAUUCAAACGCUGUACAUAAAGCAGCCUUCUUCCAGCACAUCAAUUGCAGGAUAUGAUGAUGAACCUGAAUGGGCGGAGUAUAAGAUCAAAGAGACAAAUAUGUUUACCGUCGACAAGUAUCAACAGAUUGGAUUCUUCCCAAGAGAGAAAGCAUUUUCUCUUAGGUACCAAACUGCUGGUAUGCUGGAAACUGUUCUAAGAGCAGGUGUGCUUGGAGAAGAUGACACUGGUGAAGAAUCUCCCAAAAACUUGAAGAUUCCUUCAAAAUGGCCUUCUGUUGUCUGUGAAAAUUGUCUAUAUUCUCUGGAGAAAUAUAUGCGAACAAGAGCUUUCCACAUAAUGGAUCCAAAGGGCAUUCUUGAAAUGCUUGUUAUUUUUAUUGAAGAACAAGGAAAUGAGAUGCCUGCUUUUUCAACUUGGAAUUCGGAGAUCAGUGACUUCCCAGAUCGAAUAGCUCCAUGGCUUGGUCGAUGGAAAGGUCAUUCUAUGACAAAACGCAGUGGUGUAUAUGGAGCAACGAUUGCAAAGGCAGAUACGGUAGUGUUGCUUGAAAUGGAUGAUAAAGGUCGUUUAAUUCAGGACAUAACUUCGACAAACAAUGAGAGUAACACUACCACAAACGUGCGUUGGACAGGCACGAUGAGCAACAACUUGGUGACCUUUGAUGGAGGCUUCCAGCUGACCUUAUUACCUGGAGGAAUGUAUAUGGGAUGCCCAUGUGACAUUGGGAAGAAUGUAGCCCAAUCACAAUCAUUCCAUCUCGAAUUCUGUUGGAUGGAAUCACCGGAGAAGCGGCAGAAGCUCGUGCGCACUUUCGAUAUGGAAGGCCUUGUAGUGUCAUCUACUUAUUUCUACGAGAUCAAAGUCUAAGGUCAACUUGCAUGGACCAUGCUGCAGCUUAUCCUUGGUUACACUAGAUAGAUUCCAGUUAAAAUAGAACACUUGGGCUUCAUUCAAGUCCUUGUAUCUAUCUCGCUCUUCAGCAAAACGUCCCAGUAUAGCUUGUAACUGAUAUUUGAUGAUCUAUUGCAAUUUUGCCUUUUACUCU